ACUAAAGGAUUAAGAUUAAAUCGUUUGAGAACGCUGCAGGUUUGGAAAAAUAAAAUUGGCGAAGACAAGACGAACACGAUAGAUAACAAGCUUCAGUUCUUCACUCACAACAGCUUCAAGCAUUUCCCUUCGAAGAUGGGGAAUGAAAGCUCGCUAGGUCUUUGCUCCAAUUUUGAUGCCGAUGAAAUAAAAAAAUUGGGGAGAAAAUUUCGAAAGCUAGAUGUGGAUAAAUCUGGUUCACUGAGUAUCGAUGAACUUUCGUUUUUUCCAGAAUCGCGAAUGAAUCCUUUAGUUCAAAGAGUAAUCGAUAUAUUUGACGCAGAUGGAAAUGGAGAAAUAAAUUUCAAAGAAUUUAUCGACGGCCUAUCUCAGUUCAGUGUUAAAGGAGAUAAGCAGACCAAAUUGAGAUUUGCAUUUAAUGUCUAUGAUAUGGAUAAAGACGGAUUUAUUUCCAAUGCCGACCUUUACAAAUCGCUGAAAUUAAUGGUUGGCGCGAAUCUGGAAGAUGUACAACUUCAACAAGUUGUGGAUAAAACAAUCAUUUAUUCUGAUACUGAUGGCGAUGGUAAAAUAUCAUUUGAAGAAUUCUGUGCUGUGGUUAGUUCUAUGGACGUGCACGAGACGAUGGUCGUGCCGAUAUAGUAAGGUUGUUCUGGAAUAUGAAAACUAUUAACUUGUACUUUCCAUGAAAACACUAUUGGCUCAUUGUUAUGUAUAUAAAUAUACAUUUAACUAUCCAUAGAUUUUGAAUGUAUAUUCACACUGUC